CUUAAUGAACCAUAAAAAAACAAGGUUGUCGAGUUAUUUGUCAGUUAAACUUGCUAGAGAUGAUAACUGCAUUAUUAUUUUUGACAAUGUUAUUGACACCAAUGACAAAGCGGUCGUCAUCGUGUCAAUCAACCUUAACACCGUCAUGUGAGGGAUGGUCUGGGCUCCCGCAUUACCAGCGCGAGAUGGUGCAAACACCCCCAUUCCAUCACCCACUCCUUAGUUCGUGUUUCUUCGUUUCUUUUUGGUUUUGCAAUGUGCUCCUUUGCAAGUUCAUCCACCGUGGAAAGCUCCUUAGGCAAACGCGCAGAGAAACGGCCUCAGUCGGCCUCCUUUGACUCCACAGAAUGUCAGUGCUUUACAAACGAAUGAGCUGAAUAAUCUCUUGUGUUCCAUUCCAUGUAAACAAAAGAUUUCUUCCUGGUCUGGUCGAAGCCAUUAUCGAUAGAUUGAAUGAUGAUCAGAAUAAAACGACAGACAUACCAUGGGUGAAUAAAAAUACAAUGUACAAAAAAAAAUAACACAUCAUAGGAAAGCGAGUGUAUUGAUAAAAAACAAGUACA